AUGUCUAAUAAGUGCAUAUUAAAAUGUGGAAAGUUCUUCAGCAUAAUCGGUGAUGGGAUUAAGUGUUCGAAAUGUAGUGUGCCAUUUCAUAAACAAUGUCUCAGUCCGGAGGCCCGCAAUAAUCCGAAGUGGCAUUGUGGAGAUUGUAAGACUAAGAAAGUGAAGUCCAGUGACCCUACGGCGCAGUCCCCCGUGGAUGAACGAACGCCUGAUCCUGUCGAGCAACAAUUACAACUCCUAAGGUCUGAACUGUCAGGGUUUAGAGAAGAAAUAUAUAAUCUCGUCAAGGCUAUAAAUGGAAGACUUGACAACUUUGAAGAACGUAUUGCUUCUCUGGAAUCGCAGAUGCAGGAGAAGGCACGUAUGCCUGAGGUCGUAGACUCAGUGGCGGUAUUACAAAAACGGCUAAACGAAUCUGAGCAACUCCGUCUUAUUAACGACGUGGUUAUCUCCGGCGUGCCGGAGGUCAGCGGUGAAAACCCUGUGCACACCGUAAUAACUUUGACUAAUAAAAUUGGCAUAACACUAGAAGAGCGAGACAUUGUCAUGGCACAGCGCGUCGGGCCCCGUAUACAGAAAUCACUUACUUCGACCGAAGGAGCCGUGCGCCCCCGUAUUGUUGUGGUGAGGCUGAGUCGCAAGCGGCUUCGGGACGAGAUCAUUCAAGCAGCGCGUGUGCGGCGAGGAGCUGAUACUUCCGGGACCGGUAUUAAUGGCUGCAGUCCUCUCCAGCGAGCUGCAGCUGACGGUCACGUUGAUGCUGUUAGGUUGUUACUUGAACAAGGAGCUGAUCCGAACAAACAAGACCAUGUGCAUGGCAAUACUGCAGCACAUGAAGCAGCAUGGAAAGGAUACUCGCGUUGCGUAGCGCUUCUCGCCCGCGUCUGCGAUCUGCGCGUGCGCAACGCAGCCGGGUUCGUGGCGCUGCAUCUUGCCACCCAGAACGGCCAUAAUCAGUCUGCCAGGGAGCUUUUGCUCGCUGGAGCACCACCAGACUUACAGAAUAAUUAUGGAGACACAUCACUUCACACAGCUGCGCGUUACGGCCACGCGGGUGUCACAAGAAUUCUUAUCUCAGCACAAUGUAGAGUCUCGGAGCAGAACAAAAAUGGCGAUACGGCACUUCACAUAGCCGCAGCAAUGGGACGUAGGAAACUUACCAGAAUCCUUCUCGAAGCCGGAUGCGAUAAAUCCCUCAAAAACCAUCAGGGCGAAACUGCAAGAGAUAUAGCAACACGGAAGGGGCUAAAUGAAAUUAUUGCCAUACUCAACACGCCAGUCUCAAAACAACCUAAAAAGAAAGACAGGCAUAGAGAUAAAAGCAAAGAUCGAAGUAUAGACGAACCGGAUAAUGGCAAAGCGAGAGACAGAAGCAAGGAAAAGAAGAAGAAAAAUGUCCACUUUGAAACACCACAAGUACAAUGGUCACCGUACGGCUGCCACUACUAUCCUGACCCCAAAUACUUUCCGAAACCUAAGCUGAGUUCCCUGCCCACCGAACCUUUAAAAAAAGGGGAACAAUAUUACUUAGAUUUAGCGGGAAAUAUAAAGAAGGGGCCCAUAGGUGCCGGUUACACGUGUUACUGCGCGCCAUUUUUUAAACACAUGGAGAACAAGUUAAACGAGGACAAGAAUGACUUGAAACGACAUAUCGAUCGAGCGCACGAAAGGAUAGAUCAAAAAGUGACCGAUUUGGAAAUGAAGACUCAAGGACAAAUAUCUGAAUUAACACGAUUUGUUGCAGCAGAGCGUGCUCUAUGUAAAGAAAGACAUAAACAUUUAGAGCAAUGGCUAACGAGGGGUAUAAUGUUCCGGGCGUCGGAACGAGUGAAGAAACUUGACUUUAGUCCUAAAGGUUCUGUAGACAUACCACCGAUUAAAAGAACCAGAAGCUUAGAACUUUUGGACGGAACUACAAAGGAUUGGGGGGCAGGCCAUGACAUGAUGGGACAUUUAGAGCACUCCGACCGUAGUGACCACAUAAAAGACCUGGAUUGUAACGCUACAUCUAAAAGUACAGAAGAAUUGGAUAGGUCUCCGAGGAGUCCAAGGCGAAGACAUGCCUUAAAGAAUUCGAAAAGCAGUGACUACUUAGACGCAGGACCUAGCAGAAGUUUAAAAUCCCCUAUUACUAUAAGGUCCCACGUAAACUGUAGUGGUCAGCAACAGAAUUUACCAACAGAGGUUCACGUAAAGUUUAAUCAAUUACCUCAGAAUCUCAAUCACCCUGAGAAUUUAAUUUCUAAUGAUCGAUACAUAUCUCCUAGUCGGCUAUCUAUACCUCUAUCAACAGGGAGUAAACCUGAAAACAAAGAAAACUUAGAAGACAACACAAUACAUAUAAAUUCGGGUGACUCUUGUCAAAAUGUACCUGCAUGGAAAAGUCAAGUAUUACAAAGAACAGCAGAUGACAUACGAAAAAGAGUAAUGCUAGAAAAAGAAGUAUCGAACGCUAUGUCUAGAAAUGUACACCAAAAUCCUCAUGAUAAUGUCAUAGAAAGGGAACCUCGGAAAUCAGUGCAGGAGCUAGUUGCACAAGUUGAGCAACAACAAAGGUGUACAUCGCCCGAACGAUUGCCAUUAGCUAUAAAGGUACCUGAGAGAGAAACCGUGAUGCCCCCUAAAGUACAACUCCCUCCAGCCAUAAAAAUGCCCCAACAACCACAGAGACCGGCACCAGUUUUAAAGGAAAAACCACCGAAAAUUAAAAGAUUUAGCCUUCAAAACUUCAUCCCUUUCCCCACAAGAAAAGCUUUCCAGAGUUCUCAAAAGGACAAUGGUAAUAACUCGGAAAGCAGCGACGAAGAAGACAACCCCAUCAGAACUACAAACCAGCCAGGGCCGAUGAAAAGCACAAACCUACUGCAAACAUUACCGUUGCCAAACUAUGAAACAAUGUCAACAAAAUCACAAUCUCCCGCACCGCAAGUACAAUGCAACUAUUCCCAAAACAUCCGCAUCAUUCCGAAAGACGCGUACUUCCACGAGUUGCCAAAUAGGCAGGUCCAUAACCAAAUUCCACGUCGGGAAAUGAUAGAGCCCGGCCUCCCCGUACCUCAAUACUGUCAGAACCAGUACGACUACGAACCGGGACUACCUCAAGCGCAGCAGACUCGCAACAGAAACCCAAUAUUUCAUCAAACGGGAGUCUUCAACGCUAUGAUGAACGACCACAUUAUCCGGGAGAUAGAGAGGAUACCGCAGUGCUAUAGCGAACAUUUGGACCAAAACACGGAAAUAGAAAUUGCAAACCAGAACGAGCACUUUCGCGGCUACUACGAUAACCGUCCGCCAAUGUACCCGAAUUUUGGACGAAACCCACAUAUGAGGAAACCGGAUCAUAAUUUGUUGCACAGUAGGCUUCAAUCGCUCGCAAUCAACACACACUUGACGGAGACCCAGAGUCAGACGGACAGAGAAUCGCACAACGAUUCAGGUUACAGCACAAAAGUGUAUGGAAGUUCUCAAGGUCCGUCUCCGAGCCUUUCUGGGAAUGUUGAAGAUAACCUCUCAGGCCAGAGGGUCAAUAUCCUGAACAAGGAACAGCUCGGUACUUCCAGCUUAGUAUAA